GUUGUCCAUCUAUAUUUCACUAUACCUAUUUUUUAUUUAUUUUGUGUGUUAUUAGAUAAGAAUAUUAGGAAAUGGAAAAGAUCAGACUCGUUUUGUUAAAGAUGAUUAUAUUUGGUCUCUUGCUGAAUCUCGUCACAUUAACAUCAGCUGCAAGACGAAAACAAAACGACUUAGUAACAUCAGACGAAAAAACAGACCUCAAAAUUCCACAAGGAGUAUUUGAACGCAUCAAAAAGAAGCGAGACACGAGCAGAAGAAACUGGUCUCACAACACAGCGAGCAACGCUUAUAAUCCACCACCAUAUUUAGUUUUUAACAGCAAAACAGGAUCGUACUAUCCUUAUUACAAAUUCCCAAUCGAAAACAAUUACAUUCGUAGAAAUAUGUAUAAAUACAGUUGA